UCUCAUUCUGUUUAUGCCUCUAUUCGUAGCUUUUUUUGCUUUCUGUGUGUAUCAGCAAAUUGAAUAAGUCACCUAUAGCAGCUGUGGCGCCCCGUAUGUGUACAUAUUAUUAAAAGAGACGCCGCAUUUCUUGCGAACUACCGAACAUUGCAUUUCGGUCCUUCGCAGUGUACGAACGUUUUACUUUGCACACAAGUGUGCCAUUUUAUCCAAAAUUUGGGUAAGGGCCAAAUCUAAAGAGUGAGUAGGAAAAACAGUGGAAAAAGUGAAUUUUUGUAAUAUUUCGUUAUCGGAGUCGACGUAAAAUAAUUCAGUGCAAGAACUAUAAAACUCGGAUGCGUUUGUAUACUAUUACGUUUAUGUUACACUUUGUUUUUUCAUAAUUGAUAGAAUUUUCAUAGAAUAAAUUAUUUUCGAAAUUUAAGUCUAAAUAAACUCGGAACUUUUCUACUGUAAAGAGAGACGGGGAUAAAUAAAACAAUUAUGAGCUUUAAGGUACUCGUUAAAAUUUGUGAAGUGGGCAUGAUCCCGAAAAGAGUUGCUGGACACACUGUACAAUGGGUGAAGUUCGGUAGAUAUUUCAGUACAACAGGUACAAGAUCUAGGACUACACUUGAUGAAUCACCAAAUGCAGCACUUGAUAAAACAUUAUUAAACAAAUAUUAUGCUUUGCCACAGCCAGAAAACAAAAUUCAAGCCAAGUAUAUUUGGAUUGAUGGUACAGGAGAAGGUGUAAGAAGUAAAACCAGGACGAUUGAUUUCAUUCCGAAGAAACCUAUUGAUUUACCACAAUGGCAAUAUGAUGGUAGUUCGACAUAUCAAGCUGAAGGAGACAAUAGUGACAUUUAUCUUAUACCUCAAGCCAUCUACAAAGAUCCUUUUCGUCGUGGAAAUAAUAUCCUCGUUCUCUGUGAAACCUAUCUUGCUGAUAUGACACCUACAAAAUGCAAUAAUCGUGCUUCCGCUAAUAAGGCCAUGGAACUAGCUAAGAGCGAUGAACCAUGGUUCGGUAUUGAGCAGGAAUAUACAUUAUUAGAUUUUGAUGGUAGGCCCCUUGGUUGGCCAAAAAAUGGUUUCCCGGGACCUCAAGGACCAUAUUAUGGUGGAGUAGGGGCUGAUAAAGUUUUUGGUCGAGAAAUUGUUGAAGCCCAUUACCGUGCUUGUCUUUAUGCAGGUGUAGCUAUUUCCGGGACUAAUGCCGAGGUGAUGCCAUCCCAAUGGGAAUACCAGGUUGGACCUAGUUCUGGUAUUAUUGCUGGUGAUGAUAUAUGGAUUUCUAGAUUUAUUCUCCACCGUAUAGCUGAAGAAUUUGGAGUAAUAGUGACUCUUGAUCCUAAGCCUGUUGAAGGAGACUGGAAUGGUGCGGGUGCUCAUUGUAAUUUCUCAACUAAAAGCAUGCGUGCUAAUAAUGGGAUCGAAGAAAUAAAAAAAGCUAUUGACAAAUUGAGUAAAAAACAAUUGAAGCACAUUAAAGCUUACGAUCCUCGUGGGGGUAAGGAUAAUGAACGAAGAUUGACUGGUAAGUGCGAAACCAGCAGUAUCCACGAUUUUAGCUGGGGAGUAGCUAACCGUAAUGUAAGUAUUCGCAUCCCUCGAGGCGUAGCUGAAGCCAAUAAGGGAUAUUUGGAAGAUAGAAGACCUAGUAGCAACUGCGAUCCAUAUUCCGUCUGUGAUGCCCUUAUUCGCACGUGCGUUCUUAAUGAAUAAACUUGUAUGUGAUUAUAUUUUUUAUUAUUUAUAAAUGCAAAUAUGAUAUG